GAAGAAUCUUCCAGCUAAGAAGCAGCCGGUCUCAACCAAAUUACUAACCGAUGGGCUUCAAAAUGAGAAACCUGAUACAACUUCAACUAAGCAUCCAACUACCACCCAGCCUCAAUUAAUUGAGGGAGAAGGAAACACAGUUGUAUCAGAACCUAGUAGUAGCUUGGCUGAGGAAUUAAGUCAUCUUCCUACCCAUGAGCCGGAGCAAGCACAACCUUCUUUUGAGGUGAUUUGAUUAAUAAAAUGGCCACAGUCAUUCUGAGAGAUACCUCUCCAGGCCAUUCUUCAGAAGUUGAGGUUAUGCGCUCUGUUUUAAGAAAGUCAGGUACUGGGAGAUACUUAUUAGCUCUCUCUAAAUGCCCUUCUCCUCUCAGUGACAGUGACCAAAACAAAUUAGCCCAACUCAUAAUAGACAAUGAAACUGUCCAAAAUGAUAAGCAUAAGAUAACGGCCACCGACUUUGAGGAAAUAGUAAAAAUUAUUCUCAAUAUUUUUCCUAAGGAGAGUGCUGUAAGUUUAAGCCUCAGUUUCAAUGGGAUGGAUAUCAACUCUAGUACAUUUGGAUAGAGAAACAAGAGCAGCAUUACAAGCUAACUAUCAUUGCUAGUGAUAAUGGUCAUCCUAAGCAUUCUACUCGAUCUAUUGUUCAUAUUCAAGUCCAGGACUACAAUGACAACCCUCCUGCCUUCUCAAACAAUAAUUACAAGGCAUCUGUUAACGAAGAUGCGCUUCCUGGCACAGUAAUUAUUCAGCUAGCCACAUCAGAUGCAGAUUCUGUGAAGAUGCCUGUAGAUUUGUAAAUUGUGUCCGGUGAUCCUGCCUCACAGUUAUCAGUACGCUCCACUGGAGAAGUGUAUGUCGUGCGCCCUUUGGACAGAGAAAC